AUGAACACCAAAGUUCUAAGUUGUGCUGAUGCUGAGGGCCAUGGGAAACAACAACUGAGGAAACAAGUUAGAAGGAGACUUACUAACAGACCUUAUCAUGAAAGACUAAUGAAUAUGGCAGAUGCAAGGAAGGAGAUUGCCACUGCCUUGAAAUACCAUAGGGCUACCACAAAACUGGCAAUUGAGCAUCAAGAACAACUGCAACGCCAUCCUCAACAACACCAUUCAUUGUCCUUUCAGCUUCCCUUUUAUUCAAGGUUUAGCCUAGAUGGAAGAUUCAAGGCUAGGAGAAGGCCUCAGAUUAACAACACCUUUGAUCCUCCCUUUUACCUUGAAAACAACACUUUAGAUCCCACCCUUUUGCUUGAUAACAACAACACUUCAAAUACCACUUUUUUGCUUGAUAACAACAACGCUUUAGAUCCUACCCUUUUGUUUGAUAACAACAUUUUAGAUGUUACCCAUAACAUCUUAGAUGCUACCCCUGUGCUUAAUAACAAUAUUUUAGAUGGUACUCCUGUGUUUAACUACAACAGCACUUUAGAACCUACCCUUUUUUCUACCAACAAUGUCUUACCAUUGUGCUCUUACUCAACUUCCCCUCCAUUUCUAGCUCAACAAGACGUUCCUUUAAUUGGAACAUUGCAGCCACCACAGGGAGAAGCAGUUUCCACAAUGAUGAAUAUCUUUGAAUCUAGUACUACAAAUCAAGCUAGUGGAAGCAUGCAUGUAGCCAUGGAUGAAAGAGGCAUGGAAGAGAUCGGAGCAUUGGGACAACAACAUCAGAGGGAGUGGGAUGACACUACGAGUAUGAUCAAUUCAUUUUGGUGGCAGGAUUGCUUGCAACAAAUGGAAAACAGUGCAGUUGAAGUCAACAAUGGAGAUGAUACAUUCCAUGGGAUCUUUGAUGAUCAAGUUCAAUUUUCCUGGGAAAAUUAA